AGAGAGAGAGAGAGAGAGAGAGCGAGAGAGAGAGAGAGAGAGAGAGAGAGAGAGAGUAAUUAAAUCACAGUGAUGAGUCAGAGGGAAGAGUUAAAAACAGUCCCCAAAAACUGGGGCAAAGAGCUUGUGUGUAUCUUCUAGAUUAGAAGGUCACCACUACAACCUCUUGGAAGAUUACAACACCCUGCGUAUCUCUUGUGAGUCGGUACAAAGGCCGGCACCCAACCAAGUAGAUCGAGGAGCCCAGGAGCAGAAGGACUGGAGGGUGAGCUGUGAGCAGAAAUUUGAAUUUCGGUAAAGAUGACUGAAUGUAUGGAAGAAUAUGAGGUGCGAGAGAGAAAGAAACAAUCCAAUGAAAACAUUGCACAAGAUGCUGCAGAAAAUGUAGGUCCUGCCAAACAUGGCAAUGACACCGAUAAUCUAAUUGCCUGGAAGAGGCAUAUUGAGGACAUGAAAGUAGAAUUAUUGGAUCAGUUCAAGGGUCACCUGACUGAGCUUCUAGACAAAACCAUAGAAGAAUACAUUGAGUCCUAUUCACAGUAUAAACAAGUGACAAAGUCCCAGGAGUCAGGACAAAGAAACAGGAGCAAGAAAAAUGCAUCCGAGAAAGGAAAAGUCUUUGUGAAUCGACGCUCGAUCCUUGAUGAACUGUUCGAGAGUCCUCACAUUCAGACAAUAUAUCACAUGUUCAUCGCUCUGUUAAUCGUGUUCGUCGUCAGUACGGUGGCAGUUGAAUUCAUUGACGAGGGCAGGCUAAUACUUGAAUUUGACUUGCUGGUUUAUGCUUUUGGUCAACCACACAGAGUGUUUUUUGCCUGGAUCUGUCUCUUCCUGUACACUCUGAUUGUGCCCUACAAAGCUCUGGAUAUGUGGGGAAGCUCGUAUCACCUGGUCAGAUAUCCUCGCCUCUCUACUCUGGUCUUUGGGUUGGUGCUUAUUCUGUGCCAAGUCUGUGUCCUUGGAUUCUAUCCCAUCUACACGGUCAUUCAUUACGAGCUGCCUCCAGCCUCGAGGUUUAUUGUGAUACUGGAGCAGAUUCGUUUAGUGAUGAAGAGUUACUCUUACAUACGGGAAAAUAUUCCAAAAGUACUGAAGGCAAAACCAUCAGAAGGCAAAGAGCUUCAGAUGCCAACGCUCUCCUGUUACCUUUACUUCUUGUUCUGCCCUACUCUCAUCUACCGAGACUCCUAUCCCAGGACUCCAAGGAUCAGAUGGAAGUAUGUGGCUCUGAACUUUGCUCAGGUUCUUGGCUGCCUCUUCUACUUUUACUUCAUCUUAGUGAGGCUUUGUAUCCCAGUGUUCACCAACAUGAGCAAACAGCCUUUCAGCACCAAGACGCUCGUUCUGUCCAUUUUCAACUCCACGUUACCAGGCACCUUCCUACUGCUGCUGUUCUUCUACGCCUUCCUCCAUUGCUGGCUGAAUGCCUUUGCUGAGAUGCUCCGUUUCGGCGACAGAAUGUUCUACAAGGACUGGUGGAAUUCCACCUCCUUUGCCAACUACUACCGAACCUGGAAUGUGGUGGUUCACGACUGGCUCUACUCCUACACCUACACAGACUUCCUUUCGAUAUUUGGUAGGAGGUUUCGAGCGGCUGCGAUGCUCUCAGUCUUCAUCCUGUCCGCCGUGGUGCACGAGUACGUCCUGACCCUGUGCCUGGGCUAUUUCUACCCAGUUAUGUUCUGCCUCUUUGCCAUCAUUGGAGUGUUCUUUAAUUUCCUUUUCAACGACAACAGAACGAGUCCUGUCUGGAACAUCAUGAUGUGGGUUUUCCUGUUCAUUGGUCAGGGGAUCCAAGUGUGCCUGUACUGCCAGGAAUGGUACGCUCAGAUACACUGUCCGGUCAAAGAGAGAACCUUUUGGGAACUGGUCACACCCCGGUCCUGGUAUUGUCAACUGGAAGCUUAACCACGUGUCGCAACGUAUUGCCCGACAUUAAAUCUGUUGUCCUUUGAUCAGUUUGUAAGGGGGAUGGGGGAGUUAUUAAUUUUUGAUUCCACGAUAUUGUUCUAUGUUAUUUAUGUCAAUCAAUAAUUUCCAUCGUCCAUUGUGCUGUACACUGACCCUGCCCCUCCUCUACUGCAGUGGCGUCUCCUUCUGAUCUGCUCCUUCUCCUUGCUCCAUUCUCCUUCUCUCAGUUUACAAGGAGCCCAGCUACCCAUAAAGCAAACAGCGGGUCUGAACUCCUGUUUCACCUCUUCACUGAAAGAACUCGUUCUGGCCAAGGCAGUUUCCUCGGUAUCCUGAACAAGGAAGGGUCCCCAAAAACAGCCAUUAGGUUUGAUCCAGGGAUAGCACAGGAUUGAGCUCAGUUGCCAUUCCCAUGUGGUCAGUCAUCUGACCUGCACAGGAAUGGCUACUUAGUGAGAUAAUGGAGUGUGGAAAGCCUGUAAGGACCAGUAAAGCCUGAACCCAGGUGGAAGAGAGAGAAAACCUUUAGCAUUAUUCUUCCCCCAAAUGAGACAUCCUGGGGAACAGUGACAUGUGCGAGAAGUGGGGCUCCUCUGGGAUUGGCUACAGCAGAUUACCAGCACGUUUCCUGAGACAAAGUCUGGUGGAUACCUAUUAAUAAUAAUACCACAGAUUUCAAAUAGUAUAAACUUAAUAAUCAAAUGCAUAUCAAUUCCUGUACUUUGAUCGAAGGUUAUCAAUAUGUUUUGAAUAUGUUCUUGAGAAUGUUUUGCUUGUUGCCACAGGAUAUUAUGUGAAUAUAAAUUCUCCAGCUCUCAACAAUUCUUGUGUUUUUUUCUGGGAAUGUUGUUGUUUUGUAUGGCAGGUGCUUUUCUCUUCACACCUAAUUGGUUUUUGUCAAGCCACUCCUCCAGCUCAAGGCCGCAUCGAUGGACUGCGGCAAAGCUGUCUCGGAUCUUGGUGAGAGGGCAUGUUUGGACCAGGUGGUGGACGUCCUGGGUUGGGGCACCACAGGGGCAAGCUGGGGUUAUGUUGAAAAGUUGGCUUGAUUCAUGAUGAAGUCUGGCAUCUCAUCCACAACCGUUUCAACAUGGGUGACCCUGAGUUGGCUUCGCCUAGUGGAGUCCUUGAAGCACACAAGCCUCCACACAACGUCAACAUGUUGAUCCAAGUCGUGGAGGAUUCUGGGAAUAAAGAAAAGGAUUAAAAAACAGAAAAUGCUGGGAACACUCGGCAGGCCAGGUAGCAUCUGUUGAGGGAGAAAUGAUCGAUGUUUUGGGUCAGGGCUCAGGAGUAGGGUUAUGCUGCGAGGGCUCCCACUGCUGGCAGCUGCACAAACUCAUUCACAAAGCCAAUUGCAGACUGGCAACUUGCACACGGCCUCUGUCUGACCCACAGCUUCUGCCCAUCUCUCACUAUAUGUCAGGAGCUCUCCCAAGAACAAGAGACAGAUGGUUAGUAGGGAGUGUGCACUGAGAGAGAAAGCGUGUGUGUGUGUGUGUGAGAGAGAGAGAUAAAAAGAGAGAGCAAGAAGGAAAGGGAGAGAGAGAUGGAUGAUGUGUGUUGGGGGAGAGGUAGAGAGAAGAGAGAGAGGGGUAGAGAGAUAGAGAGGUAGAGGGGGAAUAGAGAGACAUAGGGAGGUAGAGAUAGAUGAGAGAGAGGGAGUGAUGUAGAGAGAGGGAGAGAGACACACACACAAGCAGAGAGAGGCUGGGUAGAGAGAGAAGAAGAAGAUGUGAGAUGUCUGUUCUCGAUGGCCUGUCACUUUGGGCAUGCCAACAGAUUGGCUUCAGUGAUUUGCUCAAAUUCAUAAAUUCACCUACAAGAUUUUAUUGCUGAUGUUAGGGAGUAUUCUGGAGUUAUAUGAUUAUCAUCAUCAUUAUGUGCCAUGUUGUAUGACGUGGGCAAUCAAGGUCCCAUGACCAUGAUUGUUCUUGGCAAAUGUUUCUACAGAAGUGGUUUGCCAUUGCCUUCUUUUGGGUGGUGUCUUUACAAGACGGGUGACCGCAGCCAUUAACAAUACACUUCAGAGAUUGUCUGCCUGGUGUCAGUGGUUGCAUAACCAGGACUUGUGAUGUGCACCAGCUGCUCAUACGACCAUCCACCACCUGCUCCCAUGGCUUCAUGUGACCCUGAUCAGUUAGGGGGGGCUAAGCAGGUGCUACACCUUGCUCAAGGGUGACCCGAAGGCUAGUGGAGGGAAGGAGCGCCUUACACCUCCUUUGGUAGAGACAUAUCUGCACCCCACCACCCACUAUAUAAAUAUAGCAAAUAUUAAUUAAUGCAAGAACCAGUCUUCAGUUCUCAUUGUAAAUUACAAAGCCUACAAACUAAGAGAUUAAUUUGCAAAAUGAUGACCAUGAGAUGUUUGCAUAUGCCAAGAGCCAAAUAUGAAGACAAUGGGGUUGUGUUAAUUGGCCUGCACCAAUCCAGUCAACAUGGCCCAAGUUAUUUGCAGCAUCAUGAGUUCAAGCUGGCAGACCAGACUGAUGUUGUUACUUAGCAUAUCAAACAUGGUGACAGGUAUAGGAAAUCAAUACUUUUGUGCACUCAGACACAGCACUGACAACAUUAAUUUUGGGUGUCUGGGAUUUCUGCCCCCAGAAGCAUAAGAUUAUUUGUGUGAAUUAUUUUGUGAUAAAGAUGUCUGAACAUUCAGGGGUGUCUUCCACUGUAGAUAUGUAAUUCAAAGGAAGCAUUGUCAACCCAAAAUAUUGAAAGACACAAUGUCAUUGUAACUAUUGAAAUUAUAUUGAAUAAUCUACUGUUAACUUUGAUCUUAAGAGUAAAAAAAAUGCAAUGUACUUUUGGGUUUUUAAGCCUCUACUGAGAGUGUCUUCAUGAGAAUGCAUGCUUGCUGUGAUGAAUAAAGACUUCUGUAUUAGCAGCUUCAA